ACCGAUAUAGCAUUCUAGUUGUGGCUGGCUGGUUGGCUGGCUGGCUGGCGGCAAGAAUGGCCUGUAAUUGGAGUGAGUGGAGAUCAGUCUUCGCAAUGCUGGCAGUGGAUGUCAUGCUUGCGGUGAUGAACACCAUGGUCAAGAAGGUGAUGGAAGAGGGGAUGAAUAAGCUUAUUUUGAUUACCCUCAGACAACUGAUAGCAACCUUGUUCAUGGCUCCCAUCGCCUACUUCCACGAGAGGAAGACGAGGCCAAAGCUGACGGUCGAGAUCUUUGUAUAUAUCUUCUUUAGCGCAUUGAUUGGGGUGUCUCUGAUGCAGUUUCUCUUUUUUCUUGGAUUGCAUUACACCUCCGCGACGUUUGCAUAUGCUUUCCUCAACGUCUCUCCUGUGUUCACCUUCCUCAUAUCCUUAGCCUUGCGGAUGGAGUCCCUGAAUCCCAAGACCAAGGCGGGGAUUGCCAAGGCAAUCGGAGCAACAGUGUGCUUCACAGGGGUGAUCGUGCUGAUGUUCUACAAGGGCGUCGCCUUGAAUCAAGCACCUCAUCGAUCGACGGCAUCAGCGCAACCACAGUCACCGUUGCCGCCUGCUAUGAGCUACACCUCAAGUACUUGGUUGAUGGCGUCUCUUGCGCUUCUCGCCGGUUGUUUUUGUUUGUCUUCGUGGUUCCCUCUGCAAUCCAAACUCGGCGAGAAGUACCCGGCUCUCUACUCCUGCACUGCACUGAUGUUUUUCCUCAGUUUCCUUCAGACCGCCGCCAUGAGCUUGGCCACGGUGAGGGGCCACUCCGUUUGGCUUUUGAGGAAGAAGCUGGAGAUCGCUACUGUGAUCUUUUCGGGAAUUGCGGGAUCUGGACUGGGAUUCCUGGCCAUGUCUUGGUGCGUGGAGCAAAGAGGGCCGGUCUUCACUGCAGCAUUCAUGCCUUUUGUACAGAUUUUUGGGGCAGGCAUCGACUUCACCAUCCUCCAUGAGCAGGUUUACCUCGGAAGUGUUUUGGGGUCACUUCUGGUGAUUGCUGGCCUCUACUCUCUUUUGUGGGGCAAGAACAAGGAAGCCCGCAGCUGUGCAGCGAAGGCAGCAGAGGGGAAUGGAGAGAACCAAGUGCAAGUACAACUGCAAUCUGUGUGAAAGAAGGCAUUUUUUUGGAGGACUGACGUCCACCAUCUUCAACGUACAUGUUCUGUAAUACUUGUAGCCUGUAUGCAUGCAUAAGAUCCAAGUCCUUAUCUUGUAUGUUAAGUUCAAGUUUCCUCGGAUAAUAUUGAAGUCAGGAUACGGAGUCAAACUCUGAAAAAUCAAAAACUAUUACCUUCA